AUGGAAAAAGAUCCCGAUGCUCUAAAUGUUCGGGCAGAUCUUUUUGAUCAACUGGAGCAAAAACAUAAUUACCUAGUUCAACGAGAUSCAAAGUCAAAUGGUAUCAAGACGAAAGUCUUGAAGGAAAAGUGGAAACACGCCAUACGAAGAGAAGAAGGGCCUUACUUUAAAGUCACUAGUGCAACAAAGGUUUGUUCUAGACAUUUCAAGCCGAGUGAUAUAAAGAAAUCUUUAGCAGGAAUAUCCCAGUUGCGACCUGAUGCUGUUCCUUCGGUCUUCUCAUGGAAGCGCACUUCGCCGCGCAAGCGAAAACCACCGAAAGAGAGACACGCUUUAUACGACGAACAAAGGCAGAGUACAUCCACAGUCGAAGAAAUAGAAGGUCCAACAGAAGAUGAGGAUGUAUUUGAUGUGGUUGUAAGUCAAAGCAUUCCAAAAGUUUUCGUUGAAAUUGCCGUUCAAACAGAUUUUGACGCAACUGAGUUCGAAAGGMUUGUGACAAUAAACAAUGCACAAGGCGAGCAAAUUACAAACCUCGAAUUGCAAUUAAAAGAGCUAGAAAGUAAAGGGCAAGAACUUGAAUUAGAAAAUGUAGCCCUUGAUAAGAGAAUUUUCAAGCUCAAUAAGUUUAUGUCAAGUGAUUGUGCUGCUACGUUCUACACAGGCUUCGAGAACUGGGACGCGUUUAUGUUUACGUACAGAUACCUGAAUCCAGGUGUCAAAGGAGAGAAUAUCCGGUAUUGGAAUUCUUCAAAGACGAAUUUCACAUCAGAUAAUUCUGGCAGCAUUGAUAAAGGAGGACGUCCAAGGUGUCUUGACCCUUUAGAUGAAUUCUUUUUAGUAAUGUGUCGUGUACGGCAAGGAUUCCCUGAAGAACAUUUAGCUCAUCUAUAUGAUAUAUCGAUCUCCACAGUUAGCAGGAUCAUCAUAUCUUGGAUUAAUUUUAUGUAUUUAAAGCUUGGAGCUCUCAAGAUAUGGCCUUCCAGAGAAACUGUCAACAGAACAAUGCCUGAAGAUUUCAAGAAAAAGUAUGGAUCGACAAGAGUUAUCAUCGACUGCACGGAAAUAAAGUGCCAAAUGCCCAGCAGUCUGCAAUUGAAUGGGGAGUUGUAUAGCAACUACAAAAGCCACACAACAUUAAAGGGACUUAUUKGCAUUUCACCUGGUGGAUUAAUUUCUUUUAUUAGUCAGCUCUACACAGGAAGCAUUUCGGAUCGUGAAAUUGUAAUCAGAAGUGGAUUUCUUGACCUCYCUUUUACCAGUGGUGACAGUGUGAUGGCUGAUAAGGGCUUCACUAUUGAAGAUAUCUUGCCAUUGGAUGUCUCUCUAAACCUCCCCCCAUUUCUUGGAAGUACCARCACCCAAAUGCCUAGUCAAGACGUAGUCAAGACGCAAGAAAUUGCAAGUUUGAGAAUCCAUGUGGAAAGAGCGAUCAACAAGAUCAAAAACUUUCACAUUUUCGACAGAGUUCUACCUCUUCACCAACUCGGUUUGGCUAAUCAAUUGUGGACAGUCUGUGCCCUUCUGGUCAAUUUUCAGCCAAACAUUAUAUCUGCUAUUGAUCAUGAAGCAAAUGCUAGCUAA